GCGGGACGCCGUGGAAGUUGGAUGUGUUGUGCGGAGAGGUACGGUGGCCGCGCGUCGGGAAAGAAGUUAUUCAGAAACUCCGAAGAAAGACUCAGACUGGAUUACGUCGUGAGCGCCCAUUGAAGUCUCUCUGCAGAAAACGAGAGGGAAGUGAGAUGGAAUAAAAGGAAGGUUGAACAAAGACGCCGAUGAUGAGAAAAAACGAGAGAACGAAGCCGUUGAAAAUAGAGGUGUGAUAGAGUCGCCGAGUGGAAAAAAAGUGUUCAGAAAAGGAGUGGAAAUCGUAGUUUAAUUUUUUGAAGGAUCGUCAGCAUCAACAUCAGGAUCGUCGUCAGCCUCGUCAGCCUCGUCGCCGCCUUCGUCAGCCUCUGAGGCAUGAAGGUGCGGGCGUGCAGCAUGGGCGUGGGCGACGCGGGCAGCGGCAGCGGCUUGGGCAGCCCGCGAGUGUCGGGCGCGUCCAAGGUGCGGUUUUCGGUGCCGUCGAUGGAGUUCGUGUGGGAGACAGACCAGGACGGUGGCAAGAAAGUGACGUUCCUGGUGGGCAUGGAUGGCGAGCCCGUGGUGGUGGUGCUGGGCGACGGGCGCGAGGAGGUCGACACCAUCCUGGAGGAGAGGGCGAGGCGACAGGCCGAGCUGGAGGCCGACCUGCUCAAACGCGCGGCAGAGGAAGAGCUGGACAAGCUGGUGAGGCUGAGCAGGUCGACGGUGCAGGCCAUGGAGGAGGAGGCCGCGAGGAACCAGCAGAAUAAGGAGCGUGACCCAGCGCGAGAGGCCGUUGUGAGGUCCCUUCAGGAGGCCACAGUGGAGAUGGAGAAGCACAUCCAGGCGAUGGAGGAGACGGAUGUCCCGCCUUUAAAGAAGACAUCCACAUCCUCUCUCUCGUCCUCGUCCUCUGCUCCUUCUUCGCCUCCUUCCCCAGCCUCGACCACGUCCUCGGGAAUCGGCAGCUUGAAGCUCUCCUCGUCAGCUUCUUCCUCAUCCCUUUCGUCUCUGUCGUCCACCUCUUCGUCCGCCUCGCCUCCGUCGCCGCCCGCCUUCAGUAUCUCCCCCUACGGCGCCGGUUACAGUUCGUCCCCCCGAAAGCUGAACGGAAUGUCGUGGGAGAUGCCGGCCGCCUCCCCUGCCAAGGCGCCCCUCGCCCCGACCGCGUCCUUGCCCACGGUCAAGCCGCCCAUCCUCUCCCCGAAGCCCAGCCUGGCCAGCACCCUCAGCUUCCCCUCCAGGAUUUCCCACACGUCCUCCGGCCCCCCGUCCUCCACCCCGUCUUUCUCCGUCCCCACCACGCCCACGACAAACAGCGGAAGCCACACGCCCUCCCCGCCCUCGUCCCUCUCGUCUACCACGUCAAGCUUGUCGUCGUCUCUCACGCCCUCGCCGCCCCCCUCCUCCUCCCCCCCGCCCCUGUGCCCCCUGACCAUCGUGGAGCAGGACGACCUCUGCGACAGAGUGAAGGACGGCGACGCGGAAGCAGCCAUGACCGUGGGCGUAGCAGCACAGAUCAAACGUUUCGAACAGCUUUCCGAGGGCUCGCUGGAGGCCCUGAAAACGGCCACACUGGAACGAGCGAAGAAGCGGAGGCAGAAGGAGAUUCUGGAACACCUGCGGAGCCAGGUAGAGGCCGCCCGCCAGCAGGUAGCAGACACUACCCACAAGCAGACCAACGAGAAGGACGACAGCGCCUGGCAAGAGCAAGAGCGCAAGGCCAAGGAAGCGGAGAGACGCAUCCGCGAAAUCGCCCGCCGCGCCCGCGAGGAGCACCGAAGGGCGUCCACGCACUCGUCGCCAGCACACGCCAUCAAUCGCAACCUGAACGGCCUCACGCACAACACAGUCGUCAAGAACAACCUCAUCAAGAACGGCAUGAACGGCGUGAACGGCCACCAUUCCAGUGUCGGCGGAGAUAUUAAUGGGAACAUCAAAGCGAUUCAAGAAGACGUUAGUAACAACAACAACCAUAACAAGAGCAUUGGCAGCAGCAACAACACAGCAGUGAGCAAAGGCAGUCCGUUCGGCGGCUGCGUCCGUCAGAGGAUCCGGCCCCCGAAGCCCCCGUCCCGCGGCGCCAUCGUCGCUUGGUUCCGCGAGGAGGAGCUGCCCCGAGGAGCCGGCCUGGAGCCUUCGCGCACACGCGUCGCGCCCUGGUUCCAUGGUAUUAUAAGCAGAACAGAAGCAGAAGAGGUGCUAGCAGGAUCUGAAGUAGGUCGUUUCCUGGUACGAGUAAGCGAACGGAUAUGGGGGUACGCCAUUUCCUACCGCGCCGCUGACAGGUGCCGCCAUUACCUGAUUGAUGUCACAGGUGGAAAGUACACGUUCUUCGGCUCACACCAAGCAUCCCACGAUACUCUUGGUGAUCUGAUCGAGUACCACAAGAAGGAAGCCAUAACAACCUCGGGCGGAGAGCUGCUGACUCGUCCGUGCGGCCAAUCGAAUCCCAGGAAACCAGACUACCUCGAACUGUUCACCGGCACCCAGUACCUGGCACUUUAAUACUUCCAGAUUCACUUCCUUCUGUUCAUCAAAACAUUUCAUUUCAUAUAUAUAUAUAUAAAGUAUACUUCACGAUUUUGAAGCACGUCGUAUCACAGAUAAAUGCAAAAAAAAAAAAAAAAAAAAAAAGGAAAGCAUCUAAUGCACUGUGUAUUUCUUUGUAGACCUGUGCAGUUGUAGAACCUAAAUUAUGUAGAAGUAAUUAAGGAAUUUAUAACUGUUGCAUGAUAAAGAGAGAGAGAGGGAGGGAGGGAGGAAGAGAGUUAGAAAGGGAGAAGAGAAGUCACUGCUAGUCUUGCUGCCAGAGAUUCUGCUUGCACUGUUGAAUCCAUGAAAUGUCACUUAUCAUACAAAUGGUGCCAUCUGAUAAGUAGCCUUAGCAACGGCAUCGUGUUUUGUGUGCAAGACAUCGCCUUAUAUAUAUCACUGCAGGCUCUUCAAAGAAUUAGGAUGACCAAUAUGAAGUGAAGUACUUGUCUGUAUGUUUAAAUUCAUAUAAUAGUUUAGUUGCUGAGGUAGAUAAUACCUUCUAGCAACCAGUAGAACACUUUGAAAAGAUAUCAAGUUCAUUCAUAAAAUGGUGGACUAAUGUAGAAUGUCAUAUAAUUCUUAAAAAAAUCUUGAUCCCUGUGCUAUGAAUGUUAUUAUUAGUUUUGUGAUAUAGAUGUAUGUGUAUCAUUUAUUAAAAUAAAGAAAUGUAUAUAUUGCCCAUUAAAGCAUCUACAAAUAAAACAUGGUUCGUA